UUGCUCCUACACACAUCCUCCUCUAACAUAUAAGACUGUUCUGGCACAGUGGUGAUAAAAUUAUUAAUAUGAUUCGAGGGGUAUUUGUUGCUUCAAUAAUCAGUGCUUUUGCAGUUCAUGGCUGUAUCGGUGUGAAAAUCAUCGGAGGCCAUGAUGUUAAACCUGGUUCAGGAUCGUAUAUGGCAUCCAUUCAAAUAUCAAAUGAACACCACUGUGGAGGAAUUUUAAUCAACAAGCGCUGGGUUCUGACUUCGGUAAACUGUGGACUGAAACAAGUGUCUGUGGUUAUUGGAACACACUCUUUAAAAGAUAAAAAGAAAGCACAAACAUUUAAAGUUAUUAAUGCUAUAAAACAUCCCAAAUAUGACAGUAAAACACAACGGAAUAACUUGGCUCUCCUCAAGCUGGAUAAAGCUGCAAAAUUGAAUAAGUUAGUAAAGAUCCUGCCAUUGCCAAAAUCAGCAAAAGAUAUGAAACCUGGAACAAUAUGCAAGGUUCUAGGAUGGGGACAAACUACGGCAUCCCUCAGGGACACAGAUCCCUCAGAUACCUUGCAAGAGACAACUGUGACCAUUAUAGAUCAGAAGACCUGUAACAAUCAAAAAUAUUACAAAGAACAAUUUGUUGUAACUGAUGAUAUGAUUUGUGCUGGUGAUAAAACUGGGGGUCAAGCUAAAAUGUGCAGGGGAGAUGUAGGAGGACCAUUAAUAUGUAAAAGUUCGUUUCUGAAAAAGAAAAUUUUGAGUGGCGUUGCUAUCUUUGGAAUGGGAUGUGAUGUAAAGUUCAAACCCGGCAUUUAUACUCAUUUAUCCAAUAAAUACCUCCAGUGGAUUAAAAAAACAAUCAAAUCCAAAACCAAUGACAUUUCAAUGGAUCAAACAUGGCACGAGCAGCAGACUACUGUGUAACAAGACAAUUGUCUGCGCUUUGAAGAAAGAAGUUAAGAAAACUCAACCAAAGUGAUUAGUCAGUGACUGCAUUUAAACUCUUCAACUUGCACAAGGAGUAGUGUAUAAAUUCAGUGACAGCACCCAACGUUUAGGUUCCAACCAGCCACCUCUGCCCCCAGUUUACUGCAUGGGAAAGCUAAUUAGCAUAACCUUUGACAAACUGGCAUACCUCUGGGUAUUGUCACUUACUAAAAGUUAUAGAAUAGUGAGAGGCAUAAAUAGGAUAGAUGGGUCAGAGUCUUCAUCCCAGGACAGGGGAGUCCAGAACUAGAGGUUUAGAAUGAGAGAGGAAAUAUUUUAAGAAGAUCUGAGGGUUAGGUUUUUUUCAAAGAGAACGUGAUGAAUAUUUGGAUAAAAUGUGGUGGUGAAGGCAGAUGCAAUUACAACAUUAAAGUCAUCAGGUCAUAAGUGAUAGCAGCAGAAUUAGGCCAUUCAGCCCAUCAAGUCUAC